AUGGCUUAUGAGUUAGAAUUGCCUUCGGGGCUAGAAUUUGUUCAUCCAGUUUUCCAUGUAUCGAUGCUACGGAAAUGCAUAGGAGACCCUUAUCGGGUUGACCCAGUUGAGGAUGUUCAGAUAACAGAGGAUUUGUCCUAUGAGGAAACUCCAGUUGCCAUAUUAGAUCGACAGGAUAUGCCUCCUCAAAGAGCUUAUGUGGGAAGGAAUGUAGGUAACAAUAUGGAGCCCGAGGUUCCUCAUGUACCGGUCCAACAAGUAUCACAUGUUGAGUUCCGAACUGCUUUCCAAGUGUUGACCCAAGCUUUGAGGUUCCAAACUAAUAAGGAGGCCAUUUUGUCCCGGUAA